ACUAGUAUCCUUGCCAGCUGCUGCCUGAUUCUUCGUCCCGGGUUCCGCCAGGGCUCAUCAGCGCCCUCGCAUUGCCUCGCCCAUUCGUUUAUUUCUUGCUUCAUCGCUUCAGGGAUCUGGAGAUCCCACCCGGUCGUCGAAAAUGGCUCAGCAACAGAGCGACAAUGUAAUGCGAAGAAAGUUGGUUAUCAUCGGGGACGGUGCUUGCGGGAAGACCAGUCUGCUCAGUGUCUUCACCUUGGGUUACUUUCCAACUCAUUAUGUCCCCACGGUAUUUGAGAACUAUGUGACGGAUUGCAGAGUAGAUGGUCGCUCGGUCCAAUUGGCUUUAUGGGAUACUGCUGGUCAGGAAGAUUACGAACGACUCCGCCCACUAGCCUACUCGAAGGCGCAUGUGAUCCUCAUCGGGUUUUCCGUGGACACGCCCGAUUCGCUCGAGAACGUCAAACAUAAGUGGAUCGAAGAAGCCAACGAGCGAUGUCCGGGCGUCCCUAUUAUCCUGGUCGGAUUGAAAAAAGAUCUGCGGGAGGAUCCUCUAGCGGUCGAGGAAAUGAGAAAGAAGUCAAUGAAGUUCGUGACGUCGAAAGAAGGAAGCGAUAUCUCCACGCAAAUUGGAGCCCGCAAGUACCUGGAAUGCUCGUCGUUAACCGGCGAGGGCGUCGACGAUGUGUUUGAGGCGGCGACACGUGCCGCGCUCCUGACCUUCGACAAGCGGAAGAGCUCGUGCUGCAUUGUGCUAUGAUGGGAAGAUAACGACCUUGCGAUAUAUAUGUCGCCGACUCUGAUGGUAUUUCAGCGAUCUUGCAUGCCAGCCACGACGGGUUCAUUUCGCUAUGCGGUUAUUGAGCAUGUUACCACGCGUGCGGCGACGCGUGAAGCAGUCUGUUGAAUUGGAUUUCGAAAAAAGGGGAAGGUGGUCGACGGAUGUUGAUCGAUAUAUCUUGCAUUUGCGGCGUUUGGGAGGGCCUCUUCUUUGUGUCGAAUAU